AUGGCGGUUGCAGUAGAUUUGUCGAAGAACACAGACAGUGUUAUAUUUUCAGGCUCUUCGGAGGAGGAUAUAAACUACGCUAAGACAUUCUGGCAGUCUGUACAGUUAGAACCACCAGCAGAGUCUCGCCUUGUAUCCAGUGACAUAAAACAGCGACUCAAAGUAGCUCCACCUGGAUCUCAUGGUUUGUCAUAUGCUCACAAUAUACCAGAAGAAAAGCCAGAAUUAAAUGAUUUCUUUGUAAGAGUGAGAACUCUGGAACAAUUAGAACACUUUUCAAGAGUCCAGAAAUUUGCAGAAGCUAGAGAGGAAGAUCGUUCUAUGAUAGAAAAACGCCGAGCAGAAAGAAUAAAGAGAGAGAGUAUUUCAAGAGACUUCAUUGGGCGUAAGCGAAAGAUACCUGACGCAUUUAUUGGCAAGUCUGAGGAAACCGAUGAUGGUGUGAUAGAAGAAGAUCCUUCAGAUGUUUUAAAUCAGCUUGACACUUUUGAAAAGUCCAAAUUUGGAGAACAAGAACCUGAUUCAGAUUAAUAUAUUUUAACUGUGACUAUAAAAUAUGUUUCAAUAGGAUUCAUAUAUUACGAAUGCAAGGUUAAAAAGAAUGAAAAAGACAGGUGAGAA